GUGUACCUGAGUUGGAAAUUGAAAUUGAAAUUGAGAAAGCAAAGAGAAGAGGGUUCAAAUUAAGUUUGACAGCUUAAAUGGGGUUUGGACUUGGUGGUUCUGCUUCCUCUUCAAGCUAUUGUUUGCAACGUACACUUCCUCCUUCAUUGACAAGAAUAGCCAUAGGUUCCACUUCCACUCGUAACUGUAGGAGAAAGACUUGCAUACUAAACUUUUCAGUGUCUUAUCACAAAUUUGUUGAUUUUGCUUUGGAUGAAACCACACGCCACAUUCACUUGGUCCCUUCGCCUUUGCAGGACAAGUUCAAUUUCAUGAAUUCUAAGGAUGGUAAAGGAGGGCUUAGUAUGCGGUCAUUUGAGGCUGGCAAGAUUAGGCUUCUACGAAGUUUGAUCAUCGAGACUGAAACCAUGCAGGUUUUGGAUUUUGCUGUCUUUGCAAAAGCAGAAUAUGAUGUCCCCAUAUUUUGUGCUAAUAUUUUCACCUCCGCUAAAACAAACAUUGUUGUGUUGGACCUUAACCCCUUGCAUGAUAUCAUCAAGCGGGAUGACUACAAGGAAAAGUACUUUAAAAACUUAAUUCCUCUUGGCCUUAAAUAUGCUGAGCUUUUUCCAUGGGGUGGGAAGCUCACAAGUGAGUCAAUAAAUUUUUUUUCACCAAUUGUCAUCUGGACAAAAUUUACUUCGAGCCCGCAAAAAUAUGAUAUUCUGUAUGCUGCAUUUAGGGAUUAUUACAAGGUAUGGUUGGAAUUGAUAGGUAAAGCAGAUAAGGAGACAGAUGAAUCUCUGAUUUUCCACAAUCUUGAAGCACAACAUAGAUAUCUGACAUGGAGAGCUGAAAAGGAUCCAGGGAAAGGUCUCUUGAAGAAAUUAAUUGGGGACACACUUGCCAAGGAUUUGUUGAGAAGCUUUCUCUUUAAUGGAGUUGAUGAACUAGGAAGCAAAACAUUCAAUGAUUAUUUUCCACACUACUGCUGUGAGGAGGGAGUUAUAAAUACAAAAGGCAAUAUUAUGAAGUCCUUUGAAAAUCGCCCAUGGGAUGCAAGAGGAGAAUUUCUUGGUGAAUGACUGAAGCUUGUUAACUGUUUGCAGUCAAAGUUUUACAAGGCAUGCUGGAUGCUACUGGUUAAAAUUUCCUUGAUUGUGGUUGUGCCAGCAAAUAUAUAGAUCAGUUUGCCACUGCCAUUUUUGUAGACAAUUAGCUCCUUAAAACAAUGGCCAAAUUGGUUACACCAAUCACUAAUAUGCUUGUAAGUUUUGUAUGCCGUUUUAUUAUAAACUGUAUGCCAUUCGCAGAAAGAAAUUUUGUCAAAUUUUAACCCCAGUGACUGUACAUGAUUGUAACUAGAACAUUUGUUUGUGGCAGAUUUGAAUUAUAUUUUAACUGGAUAAAUCAAGAUUUGUAUAAUCUAUAUAAAUGAAUAAUUUAUUGAAUUUUGUUGGGAUAU